UUAUUUCUCCAAACCCGCAUAAAACCGGUGUCUGGCACAUAAAUUUUUGGUGGUCUUUGAUCCUCAUCUUCGUCUUCAUCAUCUUUCCGAUCUUCGUCGCCUCCCAUAUCACAGAUCCCACGCUUCUCUCUCUAUAAUGGAUCUUAGGAGAGUUUGCAAUCUCACAGUGCUGCUCCUUUCUCUUUUCUUUGUACAUUAUAAGGUGAUUUCAGGGGAUUCUACGGUUGUUUUCCUCGAUAGCCCUACUCGCCAGUACCUUCGCCAGUCAUCACCUCAGUCAGGUUCAUUCUCCGCAUCUGAAAUUAGUGCAGCUGCAUCAGUGCUGCUUGGCUUCACACCUUAUCCUACAGUAACUGCUGCCAGCUCAUCCAAGCUAAAUGAGGUGCUUAUGCCUAAUCCAUUUGAUAGGCCUCGUGCCUUGUUGCUGCUUGAAGUCACAGGAGCUGAAGAGUUUGAACUUGUUGCUGACCAUGGUGAAUCCCCACUAAGUGGCGCUCUGAGGAUCAAGGUUGCAGGCAAUGAAAGAGCGGACAUUCAGCUCAUAGGUGAAGAUGAAGUGUCUUUGGUAUCACUGAAUGAAGGAUCAAGUGGUACAGAAUGUUCAGAUAAAGAACUAAGUGAAUUUGCAUCUUGGAUGGGUGGAUCAUACAUUGAAAAUAAAUCCAGGCCAUUGAAUGGAGAGUUAAUUCUUCCAACGUCCAAUGGUUCUUUUAUGAGACUUCAUUUAUCAGAGAGGACUGACAGGGAAUUCGCAACAAGUCUUAUGUUGCUCAUCAAUAAAAUUAAACAAGCAAAGAAGAUUCAUCAAGUUUUCACAAAAAAUGAGAUCAGUCCAGCAGAGCUAUAUACUGGGAGAUUUGAUGGAAUUCAGGCUUUGCAAGAUACUUAUGGAAAAGAAGGAAUUGCACAAAGUGGGUUGGAAGUGUUUGUUACUUCCAUUUCAAAAGCAUUCAAUUUGAUGCAGUCAGCAUACCAAGGACAAAUUGUUGGAAUUAUAGCCCAUGGUGACGAAUUAGGGUUCCAAGUCAAAUUAAAUUAUCAUCCGUCUGCUCGUCGGCUGGAGGAAACUGAAACCUCACCUGAUAUCGCCAAGCUUGCAGAAGUGUUGUUUGUUAGAAGGGCUUUGGCUUGGAUUACUGGAAUCAUUCUCCUUAUUGCCACUCUUUUGGGGAUCCUCUUUCUUAUGAACAUGCCACUCACAAAGGACACCCUUCUGUAUUCCAACGUGAAGCUUGACUGAUUAUCAUUACUAUCAUUAUAUUCCUUGCAACGAAGUAUGAGUCUGAGGCUGCUUUGAAACCUCGUGCAUAUGAUCUCAUCAAGAACCAGUCACUUUGCUUAAUAUAUUUUUUUUAUCUGUUAUAUUUGUAUCCUUUAAUAAGAUGGUCUUAUAUUUUGGUUAUUUAGUUUGUAGUUCAAACUCGAAAUAAAUGAAUGUAGCAAACAUGAUUGGAGAUAUUUUUUUUUUUUAAAGAAGCACAAAUAUUCAAGUGGUGGCACAAUGUGGAGGCUGGAAUAUGAUGUGCAAUUUGUGUAUUUGUAAACUCGUAUUUGAAGUAUGAGAUGAUAUUUAUUGUGCACGGAUUUGGAGCAGUAAA